UUGACGGUAAGCGAAUUUCUCUUUCCACAUGCGAUGAAGGGUUACUUAACUUUCAUAUUACUGUCGGUGACAAUUUUCGCUAAGUUUGAUUUGACCAAUAGCGAACCGGAUGAUCCAGCGUUCACAACAUUUUUGAACAUCUUGAAUACAAAAGUGAGAGCUCUACUGGGUAACAAAGGACAUCGUAAAACAAACAACUUGUCCAAAUUUUUUAAAAUUGACUCAAACCUGGUACCAAAUCACAUACGACGACCACGUUGUGUUGAAAUAGAAGGUAGACUUGCAGAUUUUGCCGAUAACAUGAUGAGUUCGAGAAGAAGAUUUACCGCAGACCCAAACUCCAAUAGUUUUCUUAUUCAUUGCCAAAAAAUGUCUGAAUAUUUCACCGAUAUUGCUAGUACAAUUUUAAUCGAGCCAACUGCUGAUGCAGUUAUUUGGUAUGAAGGAUAUGAUGACUUAGAUUAUGAUCAAUUACUCCAAAAUUUUCGCGUAAAAACCAUCAAUAAAAGUUAUAUAAGAAGAAUUACUGACCGAAUGAUAAAUGAUAUAAGACAUAGAUAUAAUGAUAUAACCAGCAGAUUGAUUGCUAAAAUGAAUGUAGCAAGCGCGUUAAGACGUGAAUAUAUAAAUUUGGCAAUACCAAAAAUGCAGAUUUUGACUCAUGCAUCGAUGCAAAGUAUUAUUGUAACAUUGAAAGAACCUCAGCAGAGAUUGAUAACGGCACUCGAGAACACAGUAGCAAUUCUAAAUGAAUUUAAUGCUUACAGAGCUCAAUUGGCAAAGUCAUUCAUGCAAUUGUAAUAAGCACAGAGUACAAUUGACAUACAUUUUACUUCAAAAAAAAUAAUAAAUAUACAAAUUAUUUAAAGAAACCAUA